AUGGCGGGAAAACUUUCACGAGAACAGAAGGAUCAACUUGAGGAUUGGAUUGGACAGGGCCCGAAGACCUUUCGCUUGUUGUACGCAAUCACACGAGAUGGUUGCUCGGCGGGGACCUUCCACACAAAAUGUGACAAACAAGGACCCACUGUGACUGUACUGUAUAAUCCCUCCGGGUCCGUGUACGGGGGAUACACCUCAUCGGAUUGGAAUAGAAAUUUGAGUGGUUUCAGCAGUGAUGCAGCUGCAUUUUUAUUCCAACUAGCUUUCUCUGGAAAGACAACAAUGGCAAAAUUCUGCGUUAAAGAUCCUACCCAAAGUAUCUUUAAUUACCCGAGUCACGGACCCUUAUUUGGUUCAAAUAAUCUUUUCCCAUUCUACGAUUCCGUUCAAGAAUCAAAAGGUGUUUUCAAACUGAACGGAAACAACUCUUUUUCUACGUGCUAUAACAUGGAUGGAGUACCAUCGUGGGCAGAGAUUAACAACGGAAACUUGGACGUCAAUGAGCUAGAAGUGUAUCAACUUACAGAAGGAAGGGAACCAGACGUUCAACUGGACAGAAGCUGGCGAACAGUUCCUGACCUGAACGACAAGACACUUUCUGAACUUACUACAGCAAUUCAGGGCCAAACAACUCCAAGAAAAGCGAAAAUGGCCGGCUACAGACUGACCCUUUUUGGACCUGUUGGUUCCGGCAAGUCCAGUUACUGUAACACGAUAAUGACAGCCUUCCAGGGUCGGGUUAGUCACAGGGCCGCAUGUGGGAAAGGGGAUACAAGCGUCACAAAUACGUAUCACCCAUACACGGUAAGGACAGAGGCGAGCGGCUUUCUGAGUUUCAAGCUGUGUGACACACGAGGAAUAUCAGACAAGGCAUGCCUGGAUUUGACGGAGUACAAGCACCUUGUACAAGGACAUAUGCCAGAAUAUUAUGAGUUUAAUCCCGAAGUUGAGUUAUCACUGGACGAUUCGCAUUUCGUCUUGCGGCCCAGCCUUGAAGACAAGACCCACUGCGUGGUUUUCGUGCUGGACGUUUCGUCCCUUGACGGUCUGUCCGCUGAAAUACUGCAGAAGCUUCGUGCCUUGAAAAUGUUUUGCAUCAGGAAAGGCGUAUCUCAAGCAAUCCUCUUGACUCACAUUGAACUGAUAGACCCUGAACUUGGCGUGGAUUUGUCAACCGUCUUCAAGAGCGCCCAAGUUGCAGAGAGUGUUAAGAAAGCAUCAGAUCUUCUUGGACUUCCGCGAAACUCAAUCCAUCCCGUGAAGAACUAUGAAUGUGAAGUCGCCUCCGAUGAGAAGAUAAAUUGUCUGGCUCUGCUUGCUUUUCAACAAAUUCUUUAUGCUGCCGAAGAUGGAGUGGAAAAUUUGCUGAUGAAGAGAGAAUCCGCUAGUAACAAACCUGGCAGAGAACUUGUGGAGGUUUGCGGCUCCGAGUGUGUGGAUGAGUCUUCAAAGUAG